GGGGGGGAAGCGAGGGGCGUCCGAUGGUCCUUGUUGGAGGGCGCUGCCGGCAAGAUUGUUGACUCAUUGAUGCUUCGCGUAUCCACACCAGCUCCGUACCUUUUUGGCUCAAGCCGUUCCACUUCAAGGCAAUGCCCAAAUAUUUUCCUGUCGUCGAUGACGAUUUGUCAGGGCGACUUCCCAGCGAGUAGGGCAUCCGUUAUGUUCAGUGUUGUGGCUGACGAUACUUGUUCGAGUUUAGCAUUUGUGAUGAAUGAGAUGGCCAUCCACGCGUUCCACUGCCAGGCUUAAUUUUCUGUUUGCAGUUGGCUGCGACAGUGAGUUUGAUUGUUGCCCUGCGCUCCUCAAGGCUGAUUGAAGUUGACGCGGUGACCUGGAGUGCCGUCAAGACUUUCAUCCCCACGUAUGUUCGUUCAACCUCUCGCUGUAUUCCAACGGGAGGGCCAUGGCUGCCUCGAACGUCGAAGCGGUGAUCGUCUUUCGCGCCUUGUCGCCGCUGUGCGUGAGCGUGUUGGACUGGAUGCUCUUGGACAGAGAGUUGCUCUCGAUGCGGUCGUGGCUGGUCCUGUUUUGCUUGGUCGUGGGCGCCAUCGGCUACGUCAGUGCCGACAGCGAGUUCGGCGUGGUGGGGAUCUCGGCAUACAAGUGGGUCUGCUUGAACCCUGCCGGCAUCGUCUUCGAAAUGACGUACGGUAAAAAGCUUAUCUCAGGAGUGCAGUUCAAGUCCCCUGUCUGGGGCGCGACCUCCUACACGAACGCGCUCGUGCUACUACCCAUGCCAGCUACUGCCAUCUCCAGUGGAGAGGUCGACAGGGCCACGAGCACCGAGAUGGAUCUCGUGUCGGCUUGCUGGCUCGUCGCUUCGUGCAUCAUAGGCCUGGGCAUCAGCUGGUCAGGGUGGAACUGCCGGUCAAAGCUGUCGGCCACGGCCGACACGUUGUUGGGGGUCGUGUGCAAGUUGGCCAGCGUCCUCCUGAACGUCUCGAUCUGGAACACGCACGCAUCGCCGAGGGUCCUGUUCUUUCUGUUGGUUUGCCUCGCCUGGAAUGCGGCCUAUAAGCAGGCGCCGCUGCGGAAGGAGGCGAGCGCGACGCGCCCCGUGGAGGCCGGGGAGGAGGAGGUGAUCGGCUGUGGGUGUGAGGUUGCGUGCGGGGCGAGGGAUACGAUGAUGCGUGAACAAAAAUCCGAUACUGCGCCUGGCUUUGCCCCCCGCCCUUGGGGAUUAGGCUCCACGGCGCUGUCAAUGCGUGCAACGCCGCCCCCUGCUGGGGCGGGGCGCGGCGUGCCACACGGCCCGGGCCGUUGACUGUAGCUGUUUUCGCUCUGGCUUUCGGUCGGACCCGGUCACAGCCUGGCUUGGUUUCCCUGGUCAACUGGCCUCCUCUUCGUGACGUCGCGUGGCUCACGCACGCCGCGCCGCGGGCACCUGGCCAGAGGUCACAGCAGCUUUCAGCUGCCUGCUGCGCCGCCCCCCCCCUGUCCCUUGCGCCCGUUGGUAUGCAUGCUGGCUUCGUUGAGCCUGGUGAGGCACCCUGGGGGUUAGGGGGGGUGGAGCUUGUAUUCAAAAGUGACGCGCGUCGUAGGUCAGAUGUCAGAUGGUUCCUUCUGCCCGCUGGCUUUUUUUGUGCAGAAGCCUCGCGCUUUUUCAGCCGUGACACGCUGAUGGGGUCGUCCGAUCGGCGUGGCAUUCCCAGUCAUCCGACGGGCUAAUUUCUUUCAAUGCGCGGCCUCAGCAGGUCCUGAGCCCUUCCUUGUGGCCAGCCUUUCGCCCUAGAUAUCCGUGUGGUGACGGUCCCUCGGCUAAACAGAUUGGCCCCGCGUUCCAAGAUCGAUGAGGCUCGCUUCGAGUGGAA